AUGCUUCUGCCGGGCCCCGCAGCUGCAGUCCUGAACUCGCCAAAUGCCCGCAUUGCCCGCAGUGCGGAUGCAGCGCUGAGGCGGGCCAUUCCAGCCUUCAAUGGGGACGUGCGCGAGGUGCAGACCAAGCUAGAGGACGUGGCGUUCAAGCUGCGCAUCCCGCAGCGCAAGCCUUGGCAGGCCAUGGCCGACGAUGUGGGCGUGGCCGCUGCCGUCAUGGCCACCCCGGAGAGGGUCAUGUACGGCGUGCCCAAGGGGAAGGAGGGAACGGCACAGCAACUGAACGCGAGUAUCAGCUCCGGGCUGCGCGGUGUGCUCGGAGCCAUUGAUGCCAAGGAUGCAGACAAGGUGUCCAGGCGGGUGGCGGAUGUGCUGAAGGAUGUGGCCAGCCUGGAGAUCCUGCAGGCACCAGGCCUCUCCUUCAUCGUCCCUGACCAAUUCUCCAGCCAGCCUCGGCUGACAGGCAGGGCAACGGUGGAGCUAAUUUUGGAGCGCAAAGGGGACGAGUCAGCGUUUGUGGACCAGAAAGGGGGUGGGCCUAUCCGCCAGGCCAGGCUGGGCAUCACUCUGGACGGUUACUCCGCUCCGCUGACAGCUGGCAACAUGGCAGCCAACAUCCAGGACGGCAUCUACAAUGGCAAAACGCUGAAUGCCAGCUAUGCUUCUGUGCUGGCUGGCGCCGGUGCACUUCCUGGCAAGCUGGUACCGCUGGAGAUUUUGCCGCUGGGAGAGUUUGAUCCGGUGUACCGAUCGACGCUUGAUGUGCAGUCUGGAGAGCUGCCUGUGCUGCCACUCUCAAUUUAUGGCGCGGUGGCAAUGGCCCAUGCAUCAUCAGACCAGGCGCCCAUUCCCGAUGGCUACUCAGCCGCCGAUGAGUUCUUCAUAUACAAGUUUUCCAAGGAGCAGGCCGGCCUUUCUGGACUGGCGUUCGAUGAGGGCAUUUUUGGAGUGUGUGGCUACGUGACUGACGGAUUGGAGCUGGUGCCACAGCUGCAGAGCGGCGAUGUCAUUGUGAGCUCGAGGAUUGUGGACGGUGGUGAACACCUCAUCCGGCCAUAAUUUACUUUCAGCUUUGAAGAGAAUUGACGACAGAGAGUUCCAAUGGCCUGGCAUGUUUUAAGAGCUUGGUGGCGUGGGGGACAUACCUGAGGUGACCUGUAAGAAGACUCCGGGCC